AUCUAGCUACUGGAUGACACGAGUGAGACAGUUCCUUCUUGAGUGGACGGCAUGGAGAGCACUGUAUGACUGAAAAAACAACAUCUCCGCUUGUAGUUCUGUAUAUAUGCUGCUCUCUGGAGUACUCAGUUUAACCUGUGCAUAAGGACAUCAUCCUGAUACUGAAAGCUUCCUCAUGGCAAAUCAUGCGGAUAUAUCAGCGGUGGGGAGGAUUCUUGUCAACCCAAAGCAGGACCUGACAAAGCGCUUUAGAGCACUUUUUACUCUCCGCAACCUUGGUGGACCAGAGGCCAUUACAUGGAUCAGUGAAGCUUUUGUGGAUGAAUCUGCACUUCUGAAGCAUGAGCUGGCAUACUGCCUCGGCCAAAUGCAAGACGAGCGGGCCAUUCCUAUCCUGGAGACGGUCCUGAAAGACACUAAUCAAGAGCCAAUGGUCAGACAUGAAGCAGGAGAAGCACUGGGAGCCAUUGGAAAUCCCAAAGUCUUAGAUUUAUUGAAGAAAUAUGCAGAAGAUCCAGUAAUUGAGGUGGCAGAAACAUGUCAGCUGGCAGUCCAGAGGCUGGAGUGGCUCGUGAAUGAUGGGGAAAAGACAGCAGAGGGGACAGAUGAGAACCCCUACUGCUCCGUAGACCCUGCACCCCCUGCCCCAAGAAAAACUGUCCCAGAACUGAGGGCACAGCUCUUAGACGAAAGCCUGUCGCUGUUUGACCGCUAUAGAGCUAUGUUUGCACUGAGGAAUCUUGGGACUGAAGAGGCUGUUCUGGCUCUUGGAGAUGGUCUUCAAUGCAGCAGUGCCUUGUUCCGCCAUGAGAUCGGCUACGUCUUGGGUCAGAUCCAGCACGAGGCCAGCAUCCCUCAGCUGCAGGCAGCUUUGGAGAAGACCGAUGAGAACGCCAUGGUCAGACACGAGUGCGCAGAAGCACUGGGCUCCAUCGGGAAGGAGGCGUGCUUACAGAUCCUAGAGCGCUACAGGAAGGACCAGGAGCGGAAGAGCACACGCUCAGUGAUUCACAUCAUGCACAUAAUGCUCUGAUUAACUGGCUUUUGACUCGUAUGACAUGUCUGGGUUCUGCAUGCAUAUAUGCUAAAUGGACAUGGGUAUGAGAUCCAUUACUCAUUUUGACUGGCAGUUUGGACAUGUUAAAUGCUUCCAGUCAAAUGAUGUUACACAGGUUUGCUUUUGAAACCAUUUGCUCGUCUCGGGGGAUUAUAUGAUGAAAAUAUAAUUUGCAGAAAAAAUGGCCAGGUGUUCAAAUGUGUUAAUGAUGGAGACCAUUAUUGUACAGCGUUAAAGCUAAAGUAGACUUUGGUCUGGCGUUGCCUAAAUGAACAAUCUGAUUAGUAAGACUAUCGAGCUGUUCGUGAUGAUGUAAUAAACUCCCUAAUGCAUGCUUUUUAUAUGGGUUAAAGGGGAACGCUUCCAGUUUUACACUCUU